AGAGAUGGUAGACAUUGCAAGAAGGAUAGCGAGAAACUGUACCGAGAAUGGCUAAUCCGAAUUUAACUGUUGUGGUUCUCAACCUUUCUCCUACAGUUACUCUUGGAGAGCUCACUGCAUUUUUCUCAUACUGUGGCCACGUCGAGAAAAUCCUGCUUCAGGGUGCGAAUAAAGAUGGAUCACAGUCAGCUCUGGUAACAUUUAGGCAGCCAUAUGCUUAUCAAACAGCUCUUCUCCUAAAUGAUGCUACAUUUGCAGGCCAACCGAUCCGAGUUCUGCCAAAGAAGGAUUUCGCAAAUCCUCCACUCCCACAUCAACUGCCUUAUGUUACUGAGGUUUGUCUUUCUUUUUCUCUCAGUCCCUGUAUAUAUGUGUAUGCAUAAAUUGCCUAAUGUUAGUAAGCAGUAAGCAUCCUAGUCUUCACGCUUUUGUGUGCAGGCUCCCAUGUUUAAGAAUUGUGCAUGGUGUAUACCUUUGUCAUAUAUGACACUUGCCUUAACAUGCAAGUAAAGUUGGAACUGGCUUUCAAGUUUUCCGGGGAAAUGUUGUGCCUGUAGCUUUGUCAUAAUUCAUAGUAUAUGGUUUUGGUCAUAUAGAGAUGUUAGAUGAUCUCCUGGCUCUGAGGACUCUUUCUACUCAUGCUGGACUCUCUAUAAAUUCUUUCAUGUUUUGAUCAUCUUCUAGACUUUGAUGACAGAUCUACCCUUAAUAACAGCAUUCAAGAAGGCAGAACAUGUGUGUGUGUU